AUGAUUGAUUUAUUUGAUAAGGUAAAAACUUCAGCUAUUAGUAAAAACAAACAAAAUGCAAAACAGAUGAUGCAAACUUUAAUAUUCAAAAACGAUAUAAUAAUCGAUAACGUAGACAUAAAUGAAGAUACAAUAAUUAAUGUUUUUAAUGAAAAAAAUAAUGAUUUAAAAAUAUAUGUGGACACAGUUGAUAAAAUAAAACAAGAAAUACAAAAAAUUAAUUCAAAUGUUUCUGAAAUAUCAUCUUUAAAAAAUAAAAUAAACAUAUCAAUAACAGUAGAAGAAGAAAAUGAAUUAAGUUUACAUUUAAAUACUCUAAUAAAAAACACUAAUGAAAUUAUUCAGUCAAUAAAAAUAGAUAUAAGAAAUUUACGAAAAAAAUUCAUUCUAAAAACACAAGAAAAUAGAGCUAUAAAAAAAGAUAUAUAUGAUAAUCUUAUUAAUAUAUUUAAAAAAUCUUUGCAUAGUUAUCAACAUAUUCAAAAUGUUUUUCAUCAUAGUAUGAAAGACAAAAUAUCUAGACAUAUUAAAAUUAUUUAUCCAAAUUACAGUGAUGAAGAUGUUAAUUAUGUACUAAAUCAUGAUGAUGUAAAUACCCAAAUUUUAGUUAAAUGGAAACUACAAGGACACGAAGAUUUAAAGAAUGCAUUAACAGAUGUAGAAACUAAAUAUAAAGAUGUUAAAACAUUAGAAAAAAGUGUGUAUGACUUACAUCAAACUAUCAUAGAGUUAUCUGCUUUAAUUGAAAUGAAUGAUGAAGUAAUAGAUAACAUCCAUGAAAAUAUAAAGGAUGCACAAAUUUUUACAGAAAAGGCAAAUGUUGAUUUAAUUGAAGCUAGAAAUAUCCAAAGAAAAACAUCAAAGUGGAUGUGUUAUAUAACUAUUGGUAUUGUUGUUGUUAUAAUUAUUAUAUGUGUACCUAUUCUAGUAAAAUUUAUAUAA